UGUAUCUUUUCAAAUAUUAUUAGAAUUUCGUCUGGAAAAGAAAGAUUUUUUUGAAAUAAGUAACUAAGAGAUAUGAUUAAGUUAAGAAGUUUAUUUUGUGUGAGUCUUUUGGUUUUGGGAAUCAGUGGAUUAGUUGAUUCCUAUUGGAUGAAGUCAACGCAAGGAGUUAGCAAGGAUGACACAAUGUUUAGGCAAUAUGGAAUUUUCAGCAUUUUUGAUGACUUGAUAGACUACUUGUAUGAAGAUUAUGAAAGUGAUGAAGAAGACGAAAAGAAAAAUAAGGAAGUUUUGAUCUGCCAAAAUUGUACAGUCGUUGUAAAUCAUAAUAAUGACACCACGUCUGGAAGCUCAAAUAGUGGGAUUGGAAGUGGAGUUGCAGUCGAUUUUAAUGGAAAUAGAGACCCUUUGAAUAAAGGAGGGACGGCGUCAAAUGGAGCAGCAUCCCCGUCAAAUGGUAACGGUGCAAAUGGAGCUGCUGGUGGUGCAGCAUAUGGUCCAGCAUAUGCUCCAGCAUACGGUCCAGCAUAUCCUCCAGCAUAUGGUCCAGCAUAUGGUCCAGCAUAUGGUCCAGCAUACGGUCCAGCACGCCCUUCAAAUGGUGCCGCACCCCCGUCAAAUGGUAACGGUGCAAAUGAUGGAGCUGCUGGUGGUGCAGCAUAUGGUCCAGCAUACGGUCCAGCAUAUCCUCCAGCAUAUGGUCCAGCAUAUGGUCCAGCAUACGGUCCAGCACGCCCUUCAAAUGGUGCAGCAUAUGGUCCAGCAUAUGGUCCAGCAUACGGUCCAGCACGUCCUUCAAAUGGUGCAGCACCCCCGUCAAAUGGUAACGGUGCAAAUGGAGCUGCAGGUGGUUCAGCAUAUGGUCCAGCAUAUGCUCCAGCAUACGGUCCAGCAUAUCCUCCAGCAUAUGGUCCAACAUAUGGUCCAGCAUAUGGUCCAGCAUACGGUCCAGCACGCCCUUCAAAUGGUGCCGCAGCCCCGUCAAAUGGUAACGGUGCAAAUGGAGCUGCAGGUGGUUCAGCAUAUGGUCCAGCAUAUGCUCCAGCAUACGGUCCAGCAUAUCCUCCAGCAUAUGGUUCAGCAUAUGGUCCAGCAUACGGUCCAGUACGCCCUUCAAAUGGUUACGGUGCAAAUGGAGCUGCUGGUGGUCCAACAUAUGGUCCAGCACCUCCUUCAAAUGGUGCAGUACCCCCGUCAAAUGGUAACGGUGCAAAUGGAGCUGCUGCUGGUCCAGCACCCCCUCCAAAUGGAGCGGCGACCCCUUUAAAUGGAGCGGCACCCCCGUCAAAUGGAGCAGCAUCCCCGGCAAAUGGUAACGAUGCAAAUGGAGCUGCUGCUGGUCCAGCACCCCCUCCCAAUGGAGGGGCGACCCCGUCAAAUGGAGUAGCACUCCUGUCAAAUGGUAACGAUGCAAAUGGAGCAGCAGCAGCAUCUCCCCUGUCAAAUGAAGCUGCUGCUGGUCCAGCACCCCCUCCAAAUGGAGGGGCGACCCCUUUAAAUGGAGCGGCACCCCCGUCAAAUGGAGCAGCACCCCCGUCAAAUGGCAACGGUGCAAAUGAAGCAGCGGCAGCGCCUCCCCUGUCAAAUGAAGCAGCACCCCCGUCAAAUGGUAACGGUGCAAAUGGAGCUGCUGCUGGUCCAGCACCCCCUCCAAUUGGAGGGGCGACCCCUUUAAAUGGAGCGGCACCCCCGUCAAAUGGAGCAGCACCCCCGUCAAAUGGCAACGGUGCAAAUGAAGCUGCUGCUGGUCCAGCACCCCCUCCAAAUGGAGGGGCGACCCCUUUAAAUGGAGCGGCACCCCCGUCAAAUGGAGCAGCACCCCCGUCAAAUGGCAACGGUGCUAAUGAAGCUGCUGCUGGUCCAGCACCCCCUCCAAUUGGAGGGGCGACCCCUUUAAAUGGAGCGGCACCCCCGUCAAAUGGAGCAGCACCCCCGUCAAAUGGCAACGGUGCAAAUGAAGCAGCGGCAGCGCCUCUCCUGUCAAAUGAAGCACCACCCAUGUCAAAUGUUAACGGUGUAAAUUGAGCUGCUUGUAGUCCAGCAAUUACUCCACAACCCACUUCAACGGUGCAUCUUUUUAAAGUCCAAACUAGUUUGUCAAGAAACGUCAAAAUCAAUUUCGGAAAUAAAAUAAAAUGUGUGUUUUAAAAACAAGAUGAUUUCAAAUCUGAAACUUAUAAAACUCAUAAAAACUUA